AUGGUUAUUCCAAAUAAGACUUUGAGAGAGUUUGGUGUUCCUCCUCCAUAUCAAGAAGCAAGUGGGAUUGCUACUCCCACUACCGAAGCAAAUAAUUUAAAGAUAAGGCCCACCCUUAUCACCUUGAUUGAGGGUAAUCAAUUCUCCGGGGCAAAGCAUGAGGACCCCAUUGCGCAUCUAAAGCAAUUCACACGGUAUUGUAGCACCGUCAAGGCAAAUGGGGUGACUCCGGAGUACAUUCUUCUAAGCAUGUUCAAAUUUUUUCUUUCGGGGAGUGCAAGUGAUUGGCUCAACAGGUUGACUCCGAAUUCAUUGACAACUUGGAAUGAGGUAACUUCGGCAUUCCUAGGAAGGUUCAUUCAUCUUGGGAAAACGGCGGAGUUGAGUUCCAAGAUUUCAAACUUUCAACAAGAGCCCGAUGAGUCUCUCUAUGAUGCUUGGGAGAGAUCCAAGAGCUACCAACAACAAUGCCCCCACCAUGGCAUGGGAGAUUGGCUCUUGCUUCAUGGAUUCUAUAGGGGUAUCUUGAGAUCAGACCGCAUACUAUUAGAUGGGGCAUUGGGUGGACCACUCAUGAACAAGCCAUCCACGGAGGCAUUAAAGAUCAUAGAGGAUGUAGUCCAAAACUACACCGAUUGGAGCCCCGAUGAGCGAAGCACCUCUAAGAGAGGGGGAAAGUAUGAGGUAAAUGCUAUUAACAUGCUUAGUUCAAAAUUGGAUGCCUUGUCUUCUAAAUUUGAUCAAAGGAAAUCUUUUCCCCCUCCUAUCUCCCCCCUCCCUAACUCACGUGCAUCUAAUUCUUCAAAUGAUAAUGUGUCUAUGCAAUUGAUGUCUUGUGAUGUAUGUGGUGGUGAAGACCAUACUUCUUCCGAUUGUUAUUUGUUGAAUGAGAAAUGUACCCCUUCCCCUUCUAUGGAACAAGUCAAUAAUAUGAAUGCUAAUCCUAGGUUUGACCCCUACUCCAACACCUACAACGAGGGAUGGAAACAUCACCCUAAUUUUGGUUGGAGAAGUGGCCAAAACCAAGGGCAAGGUAGUGGUCAAGGUCAAGUUAGUGGUAGUGGUAAUUAUGUGUCUAAUAAUCAACGGAAUUAUAGAAAUGACAAUAGAUACCAACAAAAAGGCCAAUACUCUUCCACCCACAACCCACCCGGUUUUAAUGGAGGAGUAAGACCAACCCUAGCUCCUAUCCCUCGACCACCACAUCAAAUUCAAGCUCCCCCUCCUCCUAAGUCUAAUAUAGAAAGCAUGUUGGAGAAAUUCAUGAACUCCCAAACUAAAAAUACAAAUGACUUAGAGGAAAGCUUAAAGCAAAUGCAAACCCACAAUAAAAUGUUGGAAAAUCAAAUGGCCCAAAUAGCUAGUGCCCUUAAAGGCAAGUCUAGUACCUCAUUGCCUAGCCAAGGUCUAGAUCCUAGAGAGCAAGCCCAUGCCAUUGUGACUAGAAGUGGAAAAAGCUUGGGGGAAAUCCAAGGGAAGGGAAUGCAACAUGACUUAGAAGGUGAGAAGUCAAAAGAAAGAGUGAUUGAAAUGAGUGAUUCCCAUGGAGAGUUUGCCGGGUCUAGACUUGAUGAACAAUUUGCUAAGUUUUUGGAAGUCUUGAGGAAGCUUUAUGUUAACAUUCCAUUCACCGAUGCUAUAAAACAAAUGCCAACUUAUGCUAAAUUUCUUAAAGACAUUUUGAGUAAUAAAAGAGAAUUUGACUUUGUGGAAACGAUUAAUAUGCCGAAUUGUAGUGCAAUUAUUCAAAAUAAGUUUCCCACUAAGCUUAAAGAUCCCGGUAGUUUUUCUAUUCCAUGUGCUAUUGGUGAAAUGGUAAUUGAUCGUGCUUUAUGUGAUCUUGGUGCUAGCAUAAGCUUGAUUCCCCUUUCUAUCUGCAAAAGACUUGGCCUAGGAGAGUUAAAGCCCACUAACAUUUCCCUUCAAUUAGCCGAUCGUUCGGUUAAGAUGCCUUUGGGAAAAUUAGAGGAUGUCCCCCUUAGGGUGGGCAAACUUUACAUUCCGGUGGACUUUAUUGUGCUUGAUAUGGAUGAGGACUUGAAUGUCCCCAUAAUUCUAGGUAGGCCUUUCUUAGCCACGGCGGGGGCUAUUAUUGAUGUGAAACAUGGUAAAUUGUCUUUGCUUGUUGGAAAAGAGAAAGUGGAAUUCAAAUUGAACCAAGUUAUGAAAUGUCCUUCCAACAUGGAUGAUUGGAUGAGUAUUGAUAUUGUUGAGAAUGUUAUUAAUGAAUCCAUACAAUUUCAUUUGCAUAACACUAAUGAUUCUCUUGAGUAUGAACUUUAA